CUAAAUCUGUAGGAUAAAAAUAAUCCUACAAAGUUUCGAACAGUAUUGCAGACGAAAGUUUCGAACAGUAUUCCAGACGAAAGUUUCGAACAAUAUGGCAGACAAAAGUUAUGAAACUAUGCCGUCGUUAACUCCACAGUUAGGAAAGAGUAAUGAAGCUGAUUUCCCUGGAAGCAACGAGAAUAAAUCACGCUAUAUGAUAGAAUUGGAGCUAGCGAAAUUGCGCAUAGUCCAAAAAGAGAAAGAAAUGGAAUUAGAAAGAUUACGACAAGGUAGUCGCGAAUGUUCUUGUCACAAUAAAUCGCCUUACAAACCUUCUACUUCCCAUAAAGUCGCUGUAUCUCUUAAUGAUGAGUCCGCCAGAACCAUAUCUAAGUUUCUGGACAUGCUUAAAGGAUAUCAAUAUUUUAAGUGGAAUGCCGAUGAACUUGAGUGUUGGAUCAAUGAAAAACUGCAAACAUAUACAAAUGAGGAUUUUAAAGAACUCAGUAAUCUUCAGCUGAAAAAACAGAAACAUCAAGAGUUUGAGUUCGAAGUAACAGUUCAUGCUGAAACACUCUCAGCUCUAGAUUCUACGGGAGAAGAAAUGAUUGGUCAGGGGUACUACGCAACAGAUAUUAUCAAAAACCGUCUUGAUGAAUUGCAUGCCCUGUGGGAAAGGCUUAUGGCUAUUUUCAGAGAAAAAUCCAGUGUCAUUAACCUAAAGCUUAAAUUUGUCCAGUUUUUACGCCAAGUCGACGAAAUACUUUUCUGGAUACGUGAAAACGAAACUUACGUAACAUCAGAGGAUUUAGGUCAAGACUUGGAAGAUGUUGAGACACUUCAAAAAGGGUUUAAUGAGUUUACAAAAGAUCUCGAGAAUCAAGAAAGUCGUGUAGAAGACAUCUAUCGGAAGGCAGAUGAACUUCUAAAAGAGAAAUUUCCUGAGGAUGCCCUAGUCAUAGAAAAGUUCAGACAGGUCCGCGAAGCUCUAGAACGUCUGAAGGAUCUGGUUAGAAAACGACAAGAAAAGCUCCUGGAAGCCUAUGAGAUACAGUGCUUCUUUAGAGACACAGAUAAAGCUAUAUCGUGGGUGAAUGAAAAGUCUAUUCCCUUAUCCAUUGAGGACUGUGGUCGUGAUCUUGCCUCAGUCCAAGCCUUACAAAGGAAGCACGAAGCAUUAGAAAGGGAUUUGACUGCCCCAGAUGAAAAGAUUGUUCGACUUGGAGAUGAUGCUAAGGCGCUUGCACAGAAGCAUCCUGAUUCGCAAGACACUAUACAAGGCAAGUAUGACGAAUUAAUUACUGCAUGGGAUAAGCUGAAAAGUCAGGCUGUAGAUAGGAGAGGUAAACUGGAAGAGUCAUUCAAGAUGCAUCGCUUUUCGGCUGACUGGAGAGACUUGAGUAUCUGGAUGAAUGACAUGAAGACGUUAAUGUUGGCGGAUGAUUUGGCAAAGGAUGUAGUUGGUGCUGAAGCCCAAGUAGAGCGACAUAAGGAAUACACCGCUGAGAUAAAUUCUCGAGCUGAAAGUUUCGAUACAUGCAUGCAAGAAGGUCAGGCAUUACUAAGUGUUGGCCAUCCCUGUAAUGGAGACAUAGCUGCUAAACUUUCCACCCUUGAAAGAGAGAGAGCCUCCUUGAUGCAGUUGUGUGAGGAAAGACGUGAACAGCUAGAACAGUGUAUGGGCCUUCAGUAUUUUUACCGCGACGCUGAACAGUCGGAAUCUUGGAUUGGUAAGCAAGAGGCCCUCUUAGAAAUAAAUGAUGUGGGAGACUCACUCGAUUCUGUGGAAGCACUCAUAAGGAAACAUGAAGACUUCGAAAAGUCACUUUUAGCACAAGAAGAAAAGAUGCGACAACUUGAUGAAUUCGCUGCAAAAUUAAUCGAAUCAAACCACUAUGCGGCUGCACAGGUUCAUGAGAUUCAGGAAGGUCUUCAAAGUAGACGAAAUGCAUUAAAGGAGAAAGCUCAGAACCGCCGUCAGCGUCUUGAAGAUUCCCACCGUUACCAAAUGUUCGAUAGAGAUGCAGAUGAAAUGCAGUCAUGGAUAUCAGGAAAACUUAAAAAUGCACUUGAUGAAAGUUACAAAGACUCCACGAAUUUGCAAACAAAGGUGCAGAAGCAUCAGAGUUUUGAGGCAGAAAUACAAGCGAACCAAUCCCGCGUUGAAGAUAUUAAAAAGACAGGUCAGGAUUUGUUAAAUGCAAACCACUACAACUCACUAGAAAUAAAAGUAAAGAUUGAACAGUUGGAUGAAACUUGGUCUCAUCUCGUAAAUGCCAUGGGAGACAAGAAGAAAAAUUUAGAUCAAGCAAGUAGGCAACAACAGUUCGCUCGCAACAUAGAAGAUGUCGAGUUAUGGUUGAAUGAUGUUGAAGCUCAGAUAGCCUCAGAGGAUGUCGAUCGUGAUCUAAACGGUGUGAUCAACGCACAAAAGCGGCACAACUUGCUUGAAUCUGAUGUAGCUGCUCAUCGUGAACGUAUAGAUACAUUCAAAGUCCAGGCUGACACGCUUGCUGCAGAAGGUCAUUUCGACGCUCCUAUUAUCCAAGAAAAACAAAGACAGUUAGCCCAACGUUACCAUGACCUGCAAAUCCCUCUAAGUCAACGUCGUGAGAAGUUAAGAGAUGCCCUUCCCUCGGACACAUCUUUGCAGCUUGAAUAUGGUGACUAUAGUGAGCUGAUGAAGUUACUAGUCGAUUGUUGUAAAGAUUUUAAAGCACAUUCGCUUAACCAAAUUGAAUCAGAAAUGUGGCAUCAGUAUGCUGAAAGCUUCACUACUGGCUCAGUAGCCACUCACAAAGAUGCCUUCAGGUUAUGGGUUAAAGAUAAGAACCCUGUUGUUGAAAAGUAUAUUGGGUUUAUAGAGUCAUACCGUGAUCCCUUUGGUGUUCGUGCAAGGUUUGAAUCAUUUGUCGCUGUUGUAAAUAGAUCAGUGUCUAAAAAAUUCCAACGACUUGUGAAUAAUGCUGAAAGGUUGUUAACAAGUUUACCAUGGCCUUCUACGUUUGAAAAAGUUAAUUUCUUACAGCCAGACCUUACUAGUUUGGAUGUAGUUACGUUUGAAACUUCUGGAAUUCCUGUUGGAACUAAUAUUCCUAACUAUGAUGAUGUACGACAAGUUGAUGGAUUUAAAAAUGUUUCUUUGAAUAAUGUACUUAGUGUUCGUCUCGAGGAUCCUAAACCAGAAUUUCUACGUAAUGAAGACAAACAAAUGUACGUGGAACAUGCUGAAAGUUCCUUUGAAUUACAAGUUGGACUUCAUGAACUGAUGGGAUAUGGUUCAGGUAAACUGUUUCGGCGUGAUUGUUAUGGAAAACGAAAUUUCCACACGAAAACUACUGAAUAUGUCAUAAAUGCAGAUCCUGUAAAAGGUUGGUGUGAACCAGGAGAAACGUAUGACAGCAAGUUUUCAAACCUUUCAUCUGCAAUAGACAAGUGUCAAGCUGAGUGCGUUGGAAUUUAUUUAUCUGAUUUACCUCUUGUUCUGGAGCAGUUCGGUUUGAAUACCAACUGUGCUCAAGGCGAUGUCCCAGAUGCAGUCUAUAUUAAUUGGUUGUCAAUGAUUCCUUCAGUUGUAACUUCCAUGGAGUUUUAUUCUCCAGCAGAAAAUGCUGAUGACAUUGGAUCAUGGUGUCAAGCACAUUAUUGUGCUUGUUAUGCGAUUCUGCGAGUUUUGAUUGAAGCUGACGAUUCUAUGGGACGUACACAUAAAGUAGUCGGUGAGGACAAUGCAUCUGAUUUGUGUAUUUCCUUAGUUCCAAAAAGGCCUUUAACGUCGGCUCGUUCAGCAAUUGGUGAAUUCUUAAGAAAAUUACAAUAUUACAAAGGUAAAGCGAAUGCUAUGUAUGGAUAUGCUUUCUCCCAACACUAUAGUCAACUACUUCCAAAAUAUUUGACUGAUUUGCUCUGGCAUAAAUGGCUACGUGGAUAUCUUCUGAUGCUGCAAACAAGAUCUAAGUGGUUGGAUAUAAAGCACAACCUACAACCUGAUGAUCUCGUCUUAGUUAACAGUGCUGACACACAGAGAGGUCUCUGGCGAAAGGCUAUAGUUAAGCAGAUGUACUAUGACCAAGAUGGCCACGUCAGGACACUGUGUUUGAAAACUUCAGCUCAAGAAGUGGAACAAGAUAUAAGAAGCGUACGAAAGGUCAACGUGGUGAUCGUUCGCGGGGAGUGUUAAUCGCGAUAGAUAGAUAGACUGUAUGAUAAACAGCCAAUCAAUAUUAUGUGACCUUUUUUGUCGCGAUUAUUGGUCGAUUUAUUGUAACUCUCACCACGUGAUGACCUUGAAUGUUCUUUUUUGUCUGUCACUUUACUUGUAUAUACAUGUAAUUAAUUGACUGUUCAUUUUGUCCGUACCUUCAAUACUGUUCGGUACGUUUUUGUCCUAUUUUUGUAAUGACAAUGGAUUUGUACAUUUUUCUUGGUGUAAUUGUAUGGUUUAUUUUAUGUUUUAGAAACAGAUAAAGUUAAAGUCAAGUUAUUCUGUUUUAACUAUUGCUAAGCCCAGACUCUGUGUCGUCAGUAUUGAG